AUAAAAGGCGAAGCUCCGCAUUUAUUACUAAGACAGAUCACAUAUUCCAGUAAGCGAUGUCAAGUAACAACAUUUUCGUUUCACUCGUUAUAUUCUCAUUAGGGCUAGGAUACAUCGAGGCUAUAUGUGACGAAAUAGGAAUGACGGCAAUCGGAUCGUGCAUGAGCACCCAUAUUCCUGGUUACAGCAAAUUCGCCCAGGAUAACCCAACCGGUGCCCCUGAGGGAUAUGAAACCAAUUGGAAGUUCCUUGUGGACACUAUGAUUCCACUCGCCUGUAGCGUGAUGGAUAACUUUGCGGCCACGGAACAAUGCUGGAAGGACUCAGCCCCCGAUUGUUUAACUGGAGAAAUAGGUGAAUCAUUAUAUUCCCAACUUAACGUUCUCCGAGGAAACUACACUGAACUGUGCAGAAACGAUUGUUACUUGGAAUUCUUCCCAUGCCUGAAAAACUACAGUCAGGUUAUCCAGCCCCAGUUGGUGGGACAAUCCGAUGAAACAGUAUGCAGCUCGAUGGAAAACAUAUGGCUACCGUGUAUUUGGCGGUCUCAACCUAUCUGCCCAGACUAUUACAGCUUUUAUGAACGCCUCAUGGUUGAUGAAAUGAGUACGGUUCUCGCAAAAAGUUGUCCGGAUAUCUCCCUUGAUCACGAGCCGUACACGAUGCCACCAAUUGUUAAUUCAACUGUCACUUCUAGCGUUAGACGCAUGGUGACUACGGAUAGUACAACUGCAAUUGAUGAAACUGGAGGAAGUGACAUAGCGACAGCACAUCUAAUGAUGACGGUGCUGUGUCUAACGUUGGUGUUCUCACUCAGACGAUAAAUUAGAUAAAAAUGCAGUAUGGUAUUGAACAGUAUGUCUGUGGCUCAUUUUUGGCCCAGAAUUUCAAUGUUUAUUAGCUCGGCUCUGAUCUGAUGUGAAAUGUGGAUGGAAAUUUAUAUAUAUUACAGAUGAUAGAUGAGUUGAUGUUCUAACAUGCUAAUGCUUUGUGAUAAUUUGAAGUAAUUAUUAACUAAAGAGUACAGCAGAAGAUAAUAAAAUAAUACUGUAUUUAGUUGAUGAUUUUUCAAUCCUUAUCCACAAUAGAUCCACAGAAGACUAGGCAAUGACAUCUUUAAAGACAUCAAUGAUGAGCCAAUGGAAACCAAUGUAGACUUAGUUUUCAAACUGUGCAAAGGUGAAAAAUAUGUGCCCAUCGAAAAAUGUGUAGUCAGUUUAAGAAUAGAUGUUGUGCAGUGUUGGAGUAUGUGUGUAUGUUAUUUAAGGAAAAGUGUUAUUGUUGUCCAAUAAUGAAAGAGAGAGAGUCGAGUUUUUACUCUGGGCUCAUUAGACCCAGGUCUCAGUCGGGGUGC